AUGGGCCAGUUUCCUUCCGCUCCAUACGUCUCGCAGCUUGUCAGCGUUGUAGCGUCACACAAUGAGUCACACAAUGAGUCACACAAUGAGCCGGACAAGCCUCGAACCCUUCCAGAUGUGCCAAAGCCAGAGGAAUCAAAGACUCUAGAAUCGGAACUUCGAACGGUCAUCAUCAAGUUUCUCAAAGACAUCGGUUACAAGACCCCCCCUCGGAUUAAGAAUGACGCUCUCUGGAAAACAAUGCUCGAAAGAGCCAAGGAGACUGGAGUUGAUCUUACAAGCCCGCAUUCCCGGCGUUGUUUUGAAGUUGGCUUCACUUACGCAGCUGUAUGUUAUCCUAGCCUACCUCUCGGAGCACAAGUAUACGCGGGCCUCCACACAUGGCUUGGCACUCAAAUCGACGACCUGCCUAUGAAGGAACAUGUGCGCGAGUUUCAACAACGUUUUUACAACGGUGAAAAGCAGCUCAAUCUCGUUCUUGAGGGAUAUGCCAGCGUUCUGCGAUCGACCUAUGAUGUGUGGGACAAUGUUACCGCCAACUUCAUUAUCAUAUCAUCCCUCGCCUUCAUCAAUUGCAAUGUGUUGGAAGAGAGACCAGAGUUCCAGGCCAUGGUGCCUACCAAGGGUGGACGCCGCUGGCCUCAUUACUUCCGGGACAGAGAAGGGGUGCCGGACGCCUAUUCAUACUUCACUUUCCCAAAGGCUACCCAUCCAGACAUAGGCAUGUUCCUUGAGGCCAUACCGGAUAUAGGUCGGGUCCUGAAUCUUUGCAAUGAUGUUCUUUCAUUCUAUAAGGAAGAGAAGGCUGGAGUUACCCUGAAUUACAUCCACCAGAGAGCCAAUUACGAAGGUAGAGAUGUUAUCUCUGUCAUCAAGGAUGCUGCCGAGGAGUGUCUGGAGGCACAGAGACGGAUUGAAAUAGUCCUCGAUGGCCGUGAGCCGUACAGGUCAGCUUGGAUGGACCACUUGCAAGGUUACAUCCACAUGCACAAGACAACAAAGCGGUACAGACUCAACGAGAUCGACCUGGCAGAGGAAAAGAGCUGCAAGUCAACAUACGACUGA